AGGGGGCGUUUGGUUGGGGGUAUUAAGGAAAGGGAAAGGGAAUGAAAAUACCCCAUUCCCUUUGAUGUUGUUUGGUUCGCAUUUUGAAUCAUUCCGUUUACCCAAUUUUAGGUUUUGGUUAACCUAAAUCACGUAAUCCCCAUUCCCCACCUCCCCCUCCACUUUCCCAUUCCAUUCCCUUCCCCAUUCAGCUCCUGCUUCCUUCCUCGCCUCCCUACUGCUGCUGCUGCCUCCUUCCUCGCGCCUCCCUCCUCGCGCCUCCUUGCUGCUGCUGCUGCGCCUUCAUUAACGGAAUCUCCAUUAACAGAAAAUGGCUAGCAUUGGUACUUCUUUGAAAAGGAAGAGAAAUUGGGAUUGUAUUCGGUUCAUAAUUACUAUGAUUAAUUGUGUUGUGUUGCUACAUUUGAUGUUGUACUCGAUGAGAAAAACUAUAUACGAUUCCCAUUAUGUUAAGCUUGAUAAAAAAACUAGGAGAAAAAUGAGAUUGCACAACUUGAAUAGAAUGAUUAGAGAAAGUGACACUUUGUGUAGGAACUAUCUUCGUAUAAAUCGAUACACAUUUGGUGUUCUUUUAGAGAUGGUUAGAGAUAUUGGUGGAUUAAAUGAAACAAGAAACACAUGUUUGGAAGAGAUGGUUGCGGGUUUCUUAUACACAUUAGCUCACCAUAAGAAAAAUAGAAUGAUGGGUGCACAUUUUUAUAGAAGUGGUGAAACUAUUAGUAGACAAUUUCAUGCUUGUUUGUUAGCAAUCUUAAAGUUACAUGAUAUUCUUCUUAAGAAACCAACACCAAUACAAGAGGAUUGCAACGAUGAAAGAUGGAAAUAUUUCAAGAAUUCAUUAGGUGCCCUUGAUGGUACAAUGAUUCUAGUGAAUGUUCCUUGUGAUGAGCGAUCCAAAUAUCGGACUAGAAAAGGUACCCUUGCUAUGAAUGUAUUAGGAGUAUGUUCACCCGAGAUGGAAUUUAUAUAUGUCUUACCUGGUUGGGAGGGGUCGGCACACGAUGGUCGGAUUCUUCGAGAUGCUAUUUCUAGGCCUAAUGGGUUGAAAGUUCCAAAAGGUUGUUAUUAUCUAUGUGAUGGAGGAUAUACUAAUGGAGAAGGAUUCCUUGCACCCUAUAGAGGGCAUCUUUAUCAUCUUAGAGAAUGGAAUAAUGGCCCCCGACAACCCCAAACCGCCGAAGAAUAUUUCAACUUAAGGCAUGCAAAAGCUAGAAAUGUGAUUGAGAGAUGCUUUGGAUUACUCAAGGGAAGAUGGGGGAUUCUUAGAAGUCCUUCUUGGUUUAGUUUACAAACACAUGGUCGAAUUGUACUUGCUUGUGCUUUAUUACAUAAUUUGGUAAAGAGAUACAUGCUUGCAGAAUUUGAUGAUGAGGACUUGUUUGAGGAAAAUGAUAGUGAUGAUAAUGAUGGUGAUGAUAAUGAUGGUGAUGUUAAUGAGGAAGAUGAUGUGGAGUAUAUAACCUCCAUUGCUGUAACCGAUCCAUGGACGAAUUUCCGAAAUACAAUGGCCCAACAUAUGUUCAAUGAUUGGAGGGCUAGACAACGCAGACUUACUUUGUGAUGUUAUUCAUUUUUAUUUAAAACCUCCAUUUCUUGUAUUUGAUUUUCAGACUUGUAUGUUUAUUUCUUGUAUUGAAUAUUUGUUGGUUCAUUCCAUUUUUAUAUACAUGCAAUUUUGUUUACUA